AUGACCUAUGACCCACCCACAGCAAACGAGAGGAAGACCAUGGCACUAGAGUUGGCAAAGCCGAAGGCCAAAGAAGGGCCAGAUGACCUCGAGCCUGUCAGGCCCAGCCACUGGGCAGCCACCGCCAAACUGGAGAUCAGCAUUGGCACUUCGUGGGAGUCGUGGUUAAGGACAGCCUGUACAGAAGACUAGAAUUUCCCUGAGGUGUGUUCAAGCAUUCGUGUCAGAAGACAAGGUCCUUCUUCUGGUGUACAGGAACACUGGAUGUGGUAUCUAUACCCCGGAUUUGGAUGGUGGCCAGUGGGUGGAGUCGAAAGAGUUGCUAGUCGCUGUGAAGUUGGCUCCUGGCAAAGGGCGUGCUUAAGGCCAGUCACUCCUCACUAG